GGCAAGGCAGGUACCCCGGGUAAGCUACGGUUAUUCCCCAAACAAAGCAGAGACAUCAUUUUUGUCCGUCCAACCCGACGAUGGCAAGCAAAUGCACACGCUAAUCAACCUUGCAUGAUUACAAAAUACACAAUGGGAAGUGCAGUUCAUGCAACCGAUGCCAUCCGUCGCAUAUACAACAGCAGAACACGGCAGAUCUUGCAUAUCAUCUCGGCCAAUGUGCGGCCCUCAAAAAGUCUGGACCCUUCCGUUUGCGUGCCUCCCCGUACGCGAAUCGCCAAUUACCCCCCACGCUACUCGCAUACCUACCUUACCUACCUAGGGAUAUGGAAUCUCAAACAUGGAUUUACCACCCGCUCGGUAGCGCCCGCAGACAAAAGUACCUCACACCCAGGGUCGUUUUGGCAGGUGAUACAAAAGAGCUACAUUGGUUACCUUAAGCCACCGGUCAAUACGUAUUUUUUUUUCUAUCUCAUGAACAGCUGAAGGCAAAUUGGCACAACCAUCCACAAUUCGCGAUCGAUAUAUGCUCAUGCAGUAUUGAUUGCGAUCGGGAGUUUAGUAAUCAUUCACAUCAACGCUUUGUUAUAUCCCAACAUCAGUUGCGCUACUUUCAAACAUGAGACAUCUUUGAACCCUAUGCAGUCAACACUUGGUAGCUGCAUACUACAUGCAAUACCUAACUACGUGCUCUAUAUUGAGCACACAGCUCAGCAAAGUAUGUACAGAGGACAGUAGCACUGCUAUCUCCAGGGUAUUUACGGUAUUUACGGACUUCCCGAAGUCCUGAUUACCUACCUACCUUAGUCAAAGCUUCCUGGUAUGGGGCACGCCACACCGCCGUCGGGUACGGACUGGGCCACAUCGAUGGUAGACACCCCUUGACGCUUGGCCAGCCUAGUGCUGCACUAAGAGAGACAUCAGUUUUGUUCAUUCACGACAGGGAUGAGGAGGAAGCAAAAGCUCUGGUAUGAAUUGUGAUGGAAAUGCCCAAGCCAUUUUUACAGAGCAUAGUUAAGCAAGUAUAGAUGG